CGCGAUCAUCGCGAUCAAGAGCAGUUGUUCCCACGAAGUUUGCCGCCUGCGAUCGUCUGCAGUGUGCAGCGGUCGUACUCUGCUAGGCUCUAAGCGUAGUUUAGUUGUGAGUGGACGUCGACACUGGCCCCUGGCGGUGUUCGGAUAGCUCCCAAGACCUCGAGGAGCGAUCCAGUGCCCCUAUAGUUGACUCCUUCAGUGCCGCUCUGAGGCAAUCGCUCAGUCCAUUCAGUGACAUAGACUUCAGUUUUUGUUGCAUAGAGUCCCCAGUGCGUGUAUACGCUCUUUUGAGGGGCCACUCGGGCAUCUGUGUGCGUGUGUUUAGCAAUAGAAUUUACUCUGGCGGACGGAUUUGUGGGUCUCCGCAGACCGCAGUGAAAAAGAGAACGGAGAGUCUGCGGGCGCCCUGUCCACCCCGAUUCUUCUUGAGUGGCGGGGUAUAUGCUGUGCAACGCAAGACGGGUUUGAAUAUCCUUUUCAACCUUUGGACACUCCUAUGUCAUAUUUCUGCUGCAACUACUACUGAUAUCAGUACCUGCAGAAGUCGGUCGGUGCCUUUGCUUCUUUCUACCGCGUUAGGAGUUCAUGAAGCAAGGCAUGGCGACGACAUUAGUCGAAGAUAGCCCCGGGAAAGUCGCUCCGCCUUCAAAGAAAAAGCAGAAGGACAAGUCAAGUGCCGGGUCCUCCCUGAAAGGGUCGCUGCCAAAUUCCCUGUUAGGGUCCAGUGGUACCAGUAGCAACAGUUCUAGUGGAGGUGUGGCCAGAAUGGACGUUUCAGAGCUACCUUCUUUCACACAAAACGACUGCUCUCUUUCGUCUACGUCGGGUUCAGAUGGAAAAUUGAGCAACUUUAUCUCGGGGCUCAAGAAUCACUCCACCACUCCGGAAAUGAACAGUUCCUCCACAAAGUCCUCGAGCAAGCGGAAAAGCGGCUCUGAAUCUAGCAACGGUGGAGGCAGUAGCGGAGGUCAGGGUUCGUCAUCAUUGCAAAACUCCACCCACCCGAUAACUGAAGGUGGAAGCAUCGGUAGGCGUGGUCUCGCGGGGACCGGGCGAGGGUUUAGCAGCGGGAGCAGUGAUGGGGAGGACGAACAUCCGAAACACAACGUCUUCCGAAAGACUCAGGGAGUGAAACCACUCCCACCUGCUUCGUCUGCUACUACUGCUAGUUCUGACGAUGAGGCCACGGACAGUGCGGACGAAGGCAACAGCGGUGGGGAGGAGAGGGGAGCGAGGAGGAGAGGACGAGAGGGAGAGAUACCGAGCGGGAGACAGAGCGAUCGGCUGAUGAGCCGAAAAGACAGCUCCGAAUCGACAAACAGUGCCACUAGUCCCGCCCCGAACCCGGGACAUACCACCAGCACCAUAUUCGUAGAGUCCACGCUCCCCAAGGAGCCUCUCAGUGGUGGAAACAGUCUGGUGAACAUGGCAGUUGGGUACGGCGCUGCCGCCGAGUCAAUGGCGCCAACGAGCACCGUAUUCGACAAGACUCCGUCUCAUUCUCCGCCGGGCACGCCCACCAUGGACUCUCCGAAACCAGUUUCCGAUGGGGUGCGGUCUCCCGGAACACCCAUCCCCCUCUCCCUACCCAACACAGGCACCAUCACUGAGGCCCCGUCCACCUCCAUGGCCACUUCGUCUUCCUCGAGCAGUGCUGUUCAACCUCCGACCGGUGUUUCUCUCAACCCAGUCCAGCCCUCUCCCUCCCUCCAAGGCCCCAGCUUCAACCUCCCCUUUGAGAACUGGGUCUAUCAGGCUCAGGCUGCUGCCGUCUACAGUCCAUUUCCGCUGCCCGGCAGUCAUCCAGGCAGUGUAGCCACCACCCCAGUUGCAGUUGAGUCUGGAGCCUAUCUUCGAACAGGUGCACCCGUUUAUCUCCGCGGGACAGUGUGCCAAGAAUCAGAGGGUGUGCUGAUAGUGAGCGUUCAGUGGAGAAACAAGACCUUUUCCGGCUCGCUGAUAGACAUGAGCCAGCACGAAUGGGCGCCCCCAAGAUUGGCGGGUGGGUUUGAUGAACCGCUGGCCCACCUCAAGGACCUGUGCAAGCAGCAGGAGAAACGGGAAUCGAGAGAACCAGCAAGUGAACGUCGACGUUGAAGGAGACGACUCUACGAAAGACACAACAGGCGGGAGUGAGAAGAUGGACAGUUCAACGAAAGAAGAAGACACCAGCCCCGUCUCUACCACCGCACUCGCAGCAGCCGGCAAAGGAGACAAGAACGAUGUCAAAUCCGGGGCGAGAGAAAAGGAUCAGGAGGAGCAGAUGGAAACAGACAAAGUCCCCACAAGUCGGCCAAAGCUUCCGAGGAACCAGUCGAUAGAAUCGGAACCAGGUGACAUGGAGAUUGUUGAAGAGCCCACAUCUUCAAAUCCCCAGUCCCAGAAUCAGUCACCUGGUGCCUCAUCUCCACACCAAAAGUUGAGGGGUGGUGCAGCAAAGGUAUCGGUGGACUCUGUGUACUCGGACAUAAGCGAUGUGAGUGACUCGGAGGAGCGGGGGAAGAAGGAAGGCUCUGGACAUAGUUCUGGACACAAUGACGCUUCUCAGAGUCAGGUUGCCCCUUUUGUUGCCUCCAACCCACCGCACUUGCAGGUUCCAAAAAGCUCACGACCGAAGAAGCCGAUCCCAGCCGAAGAAAUACAGCACACUCUCCCACCUUUUUCUGCCAUCAACGCUCCCUCCCCUACUUCCUCCCAGGAGAAGUACGACGGGAAGAUGAAGCCCAAAACAGGCGGCGAUAAAGACUCUUCCUCGGAUUCAUCUGCUCCACUCUUGAGGUCGAGUCUCAUGCGUUCGUAUCCCAGUACACCCACCACCGGAAGCACCACUGUUUCCACUCCAAACCAAAACCAUCGCCACAGCUUUGCUGCUGGGGGUGCUCAUGGAGCAGUACCAGGCGAUUCUCUGGUUAACAGUGCAAUACUACACGGCCAGACCGCUGAGCACUCCAAAGGUAACCCUGAAACUUUGGUAAAGUCUGCAACCAAACCAUCCAAUUUUUCAAUCGAAUCGCUAAAUGCUUGCAGCGCCAAUGGCAAAGAUCAAAAGUUGCCCAACAGUCGUUCCUCUUCUCCUCAUCCACUGUCACUCAAAACAAGAGAAAAUCGUGGUCGUUCGAGUAGCCCAGUCCAAACAUCACGUAAGAGGGACCACCCUCCCUCCUUCCCAUCAUUCAACACCACAAGUGCGGUCCAUCAGGAUGUCAACAAGACCACUACUCUCGACUACAUGCCGACGGGCUCCGACCAUGCCGUCUCCAAACCGCACACUGCAGCUGAUGACAGCGACAGCUCUGGCUCCGGGUCAAUUCUUAGCACGCACCGCAAGAAGAGGCCUGGAAAACCACACAAGAAGAGAACGGAACCGCUCACCGGGCUCGGCGAGGGGAAAGAAGAAGCAGGCAUCAAGGCCCCGGAAACUCCUGCUCUCGGACCUAUUGGGAUCCACAGCUUCAACCUGAAGAUACAGCCGAUUUCCCCCGGCAUUGACUACCCAGCUCAGCAGCAACACAUGCCUUCUUCUAUCUCCAAAGAUGGCCCUGUGUUACCAUUACCCACGAGCAAUACAUCUUCGUCAAUGGGCAGCCCUGCACGUUCACCAGCAGCCAGGGUUGCCUCUCCCCACACCACUACUGUCGGCGAAGUAAUGGGGGCUCUUCUGACCACUGGAAGUGGUGCAAACUUCAAGGAUGGUCUAGCCCCUGCACCUAGGCCAACUCGCAAAGGAGACAAGGGGGACAAGGAUUCUACUGCCCAAGAGACAUCCCUGACUGAGCGACGUUCUACUGGAUCAUCUUCUAGCCCCUCGUCGGUGACAUCGUCUUCGAUCCCAGGAAUCUCUCUGGGAAUGCCUGCUCCAAGCUACCACCGACUCCAGCAAGGCGUAAUUCAGGCUCCACCUCAAGGGAAACACGACCCGCUCAAGAGGAGGUCGCCCAUACCAAUGGAGAUGCUGAGGCCGGAACGAGACCAGAGUCAAGGCUCUAGAAAGAGGAAGAACAUCAGUCCAAACGCGGGAGAUUCUGGAAAAGUCUCCAGCGAUCACGAGGAAGGAAGCCACCCGGAAGCUGCAUUGAGGGGUCAACAUCCCGUGCACUCUCCUUUCCCCUUCCAACACCCCAGUUUCAAUGCCUUUAUCGGGGAGAAUGAAAAGAUAGACCUCCUCCCGCCUGACUUCAACUAUGAUCCGAACCUCCCGAUGACAAUGCAGUACCAGUUACUCUCCUUUGUCAACCAGAAGAAGCAAGCGCAGAUGAAGGAGUAUGAAGACCAACUGAAGGAGAUGAAUCGGAAGGACAAGGAGGAGAUUGAGAGACACAAUCAGCAAAUGGCUCAGUUCAGGCAACAGACUCAGCAGCACAAUCGACCGGUGAAGAGGCCCAGGAUCGGGGGAGAUCCUCACUUGAACCCGGGCGUGGCUCCCCUCCAAAUGCCACAUCCAUCUUCCCCUGCCAGUGGGAAGGAUCCCGGCAGUGGGAAACAAAAGAAGCCUGGUCACCACCAGAGGAUCCACGGAGAGCAUGGGGAAGAGCGCCACUACGGCCAGUCCCAUCCCGUCAACAUCAAAAGCGAACCGUUUGAGCUCCCGCGACACAGUAAGCCACCCAGUGGAGGGGUCAGCAAACAACCCCAACCCCACUCGAGUCACCGGACGCAACCACUGCCCGCUUCUACCUCGUCCAAGCAGGGCUCACAGAAGCCAAUUCAACCUCAGCCGCACGUGGCAGCAAAGUCAGACAAGCUCGUCAUCAAGACUGAAGAGUCUCAGCAGCCUCACCCACCACCUCCUAGUGGGAUUAACUGGCCUGUUAUACCAGUAGGUAUGAUGCCACACGGAAACUACCAGUAUUCGAUGCUACAACAGCAGGCUGUGCAGCAUGCUCUGCAGCAGCACUCCAAAGAGGGAGCAAAACCAGCAAAAGACCACAAAGAUGUGGCUUCCGGCUCACAGCACACGGCAUUUCAUACCCAGCCAAUCUCAACCCCUAUUGUGGCGUUCUCUACCGGUUCUCAAGGCUGGGCUCCCUUCGUGCACCCUCACCACGCAAUCAUGCAACCUGGAGUCCUGCACGCGGACCGAACCUCUAGACAAGAGCAUUCGAGUUCGGCAGCCACUACCACUACUUCUGUCAUAACUGGGAAACCAGUAAGCGAAAUGCAUUCACCAUCGCAUCCUAAAUCCCACCGCAACAUGGGCCAAUCUAGUCCAUCUUCUACUACUAGUAAGAAGUCUAGUUUCCCUGUCGGAGAUAGCGGAGGUGACCGGCGUUCUGGAAUCCACAAGCCUCACGAACACGGAAGACAACCAGGUUCUAACAGUGUCCCGACAAACCGCCGAACUGAAGGCUCGUCAUCGAGCCAACGAUCAUUCCCCGGCCAGAGCGAUGGAGGAGAGAGCAGUAGACGCUCGGUGAACCACCAUCCGCACUCUGCCGCUUCCUCUGCUUCCUCCUCUUCCUCUACUACCCAACAGUCAGCCGGGCACCCUUCCUCAAGCUCCCGAACACACAAGACAGCCACCGACCACUUGGCCUCCACCCAACUCCAACAAGCUGCAGUGGCGCACCAAAUGGGUUUCCUUCAACAGCAGCAGCAGACUUCGCUCGCCAGCCCCAUGCCUGGUCUACAGCUCCGGCAGGGCAUACCGCUCGGAGCUGCCGGUCUAGUGCAGCCCAACUGGGAAGAGUGGAUGAGACUGCAGGAGAUGAUCCAGAAGGGGCAAGUGGGAGGGAUCGGAUCGGCCGACCCCUGGCAGCAAAUGCAGAUGCAGAUGUUUGCCCAGCAGGCCCAGGGGAUCCCAAUGGUCCCCCUAGACCCUAGUAUCAUCCUAGCUCUUCAGCAGCAGCACCAACAACAACAGCAGCAACAGCAGCAACAACAACAACAACAACAACAACAGCACCAGACCGCCGAGCAGGCAAACACUGCCGCUCUGCAGAACUUUCAGCUCUUGCAAGCUGCGGCAGCGAGUGGGAAUAUGAUCCCAAUGCUGCAUCCAGCCAUGGCGGGAGCCCACCCAGCGAUGGCUGCUGGACUAUACGACCAGAGUGCAUUUGGCUCUGCUGCAGCAAUGCUACCCCAUUUUCAAAUGGCAGCAACCUCACAAAAGAGGGAUUAGUAAUGAAUCUAGCUACUGCUGAAUGAUUGAUUUCCCUGACGUGACUAACUGUUUUAGCUUUCUCAAUUAACACCAUACUUUAUGUACUCAUCACUUUCUCUCUAUUUCUCUCUCUUUUGUAUCUGUUUUUCUCAUUUCCACAUGCGCACCUCACAUUACCAACUACUCCUGUUUCUGUUACCUCACUUCUGUCUGUCACUUUGCUUGUAAAUUGUAAAUGAAAUUUUAAAUUCUCAUGUAUUGGUGUUAGAUUAACGAACGUAUCAUGCGGGCUCUGUGUGUGUGGGCUAGUGAUAUAUAAUGUGUGUUGAUGUUGCGUAACAACAGCUUGCCGC